CCUGUGAAGGACAGUGAUCCACACUUUCACUUGAGCCAGACAGAGAAGCCAGCUGUCUGCUAUCAAGCCAUCACAAAGAAGCUGAAGGUUUGUGAAGAGGAAACAGGAUCCACCUCCAUCCAGGCAGCAGACAGUACAGCGGUCAACGGCAGUAUCACGCCUACAGACAAAAAGAUAGGAUUUCUGGGACUUGGCCUGAUGGGAAGUGGCAUUGUCUCCAACUUACUGAAGAUGGGUCACACUGUCACUGUCUGGAACCGGACUGCCGAGAAGUGUGAUUUGUUCAUCCAGGAGGGGGCACGACUGGGAAGAACCCCCGCUGAAGUUGUCUCCACUUGUGACAUCACCUUUGCCUGUGUAUCAGAUCCAAAAGCAGCAAAGGAUCUGGUACUUGGUCCAAGUGGAGUGUUGCAGGGGAUUCGCCCAGGGAAAUGUUAUGUGGAUAUGUCCACCGUGGAUGCGGAUACAGUCACAGAGUUGGCCCAGGUGAUAGUGUCCCGGGGUGGUCGCUUUUUGGAAGCACCAGUCUCAGGAAAUCAGCAGCUGUCUAAUGAUGGGAUGCUUGUGAUCCUGGCGGCUGGUGACAGGGGUUUAUAUGAGGACUGCAGUAGCUGUUUCCAAGCAAUGGGGAAGACCUCUUUUUUUCUAGGUGAAGUAGGCAAUGCUGCCAAGAUGAUGCUGAUUGUCAACAUGGUCCAGGGCAGCUUCAUGGCAACGAUAGCAGAAGGACUCACUUUGGCUCAAGUGACUGGCCAGUCCCAACAGACCCUUCUGGAUGUCCUCAAUCAGGGACAACUUGCCAGCAUCUUCCUGGACCAGAAGUGCCAAAAUAUCUUGCAAGGAAACUUUAAACCUGAUUUCUACCUGAAAUACAUACAGAAGGAUCUUAGAUUAGCUAUUGCACUGGGCGACUCUGUCAACCACCCAACUCCCAUGGCAGCUGCUGCCAACGAGGUCUAUAAACGAGCAAAAGCAUUGGACCAAUCAGACAAUGACAUGUCUGCAGUGUACAGGGCCUACAUCCACUAGGCUGCACCGUUCUUACUGUUAAUACUAUGAUUAUUGAUUAAUAUUAUUAUGAUACUGGGUUUUAACUCUGGACCAGUCCAUCUCUGUCUCUCCAUUUCCUUUUAUAUGCAGACUUUGAGAUCUGCCACGGAGGCAGCUGCUGCGGUGAGCCUUCCCCUGGUGGUAGAAGGGGGGGAGGAGGGGUCUCGGAUUGUUGCAGUCUAAUUAGAAAAAUCCAUGCCAUGCACUGACAGUCACGGAACAGAACAGUGGCGGCUUUUUCAGAAGCUCUGAGGCAGCUCUGCCAGAAAUCUGCUGCUUGGCUGCUUUUAUUUUCCUCUUUGUAUGCUUGUCCAAGAUGCUGUUUCUAAC